AUGUUUCAGGCCAGCAUCGAACUCCUGGAGCUGAUGGGAGUGGUGAAGGAAAACGGGCACCCUUCCGAUAGUCCUGAGACAUCACCACUACUUCCCACAGUGGUAAGAGAUGACUGAUGAAACGCAGGCCUGUUUCACUGGGUUACUGUAUGGAACCCGGCUUUACAGUGCAUUGCUGGUUGUUGUAUAUACUCUAUCGACAGUAUACAGUGCAUUCGGAAAGUAUUCAGGGUCCCUUGACUUUUUCCACAUUCUGUUACGUUACAGCCUUAUUCUAAAAUUGAUUAAAUUGUUUUUUUUCCCCCUCAUCAUUCUACCCACAAUACCCCAUAAAGCAAAAACUGGUUUUUAGAAAUGUUAGCAAAUGUAUUAAGAAUAAAAAUAAUGAAAUAUUACAUUUACAUAAGUAUUCAGAUCCUUUACUCAGUACUUUGUUGAAGCACCUUUGGCAGCGAUUCUUCGGUAUGACGCUACAAGCUUGGCACACCUGUAUUUGGGGAGUUUCUCCCAUUCUUCUCUGCAGAUCCUCUCAAGCUCUCUCAGGUUGGAUGAGGAGCGUUGCUGCACAGCUAUUUUCAGGUCUCUCCAGAGAUUUUUGAUCGGGGUUCAAGUCUGGGCUCUGGCUGGGCUACUCAAGGACAUUCAGAGACUUGUCUCGAAGCCACUCCUGCGUUGUCUUGGCUGUGUGCUUAGGGUUGUUGUCCUGUUGGAAGGUGAACAGUCACCCAAGUCUGAGGUCCUGAGCACUCUGGAGAAGGUUUUUUAUCAGGGAUCACUCUGUACUUUGCUCCGUUCAUCUUUGCCUCGAUCCUGACUAGUCUUCCAGUCCCUGCCGCUGAAAAACAUCCCCACAGCAUGAUGCUGCCACCACCAUGCUUCACCAUAGGGAUGGUGCCAGGUUUUCUCCAGACAUGACACUUGGCAUUCAAACCAAAGAGUUCAGUCUUGGUUUCAUCAGACCAGAGAAUCUUGUUUCUCAUGGUCUGAGAGUCCUUUAGGUGAAUUUUGGCAAACUCCAAGCAGGCUAUCAUAAAGGCCUGAUUGGUGGAGUGCUGCAGAGAUGGUUGUCCUUCUGGAAGGUUCUCCCAUCUCCACAGAGGAACUCUGGAGCUAUAUCAGAGUGACCAUCGGGUCCUUGGAAACCUCCCUGUCCAAGGCCCUUCUCCCCUGAUUGCUCAGUUUGGCCGGACGGCCAGCUCUAGGAAGAGUCUUGGUGGUUCCAAACUUCUUCCAUUUAAGAAUGAUGGAGGCCACUGUGUUCUUGGGGACCUUCAAUGCUGCAGAACUUUUUUGGUACCCUUCCCCAGAUGUGUGCCUCGACACAAUCCUGUCUCGGAGCUCUACGGACAAUUCCUUCAACCUCAUUGCUUGGUUUUUGCUCUGACAUGCACUGUCAACUGUGGGACCUUAUAUAGACAGGUGUGUGCCUUUCCAAAUCAUGUUCAGUCAAUUGAAUAUACCACAGUUGGACUCCAAUCAAGUUGUAGAAACAUUUCAAGGAUGAUCAAUGGAAACAGGAUGCACCUGAGCUCAAUUUCGAGUCUCAUAGCAAAGGGUCUGAAAUCUUAUGUAAAUGUGAUAUUUCAGUUUUUUAUAUUUUUAUAUACAUUUGCUAAAAUUUCGAAAAACCUGUUUAGAAUAAGGCUGUAACAUAAAAAAAAGUGGAAAAAGGGAAGGGGUCUGAAUACUUUCCGAAUGCGCUGCAUGUAAUCAUCAUGUCACAGAUUCAGUUAUUGUUUUGUUUAAUCGUCAUGUUUAGUAUUAGAUCCAUCAAAUCACUGAAGUCUACACUAUCUUGUUCAUCCUUCCUCCUCAGCAUACUCCACUAUCGUACGACUAUGUCCUGGUCGCUAAGACAGUGGAUGAUCCGGAGAAAGAUACCUUCAAGAUGCAAGAGGCCUUCAUCGAGAAACUAAAGAUGAAGAACUUGAAGAUAACAGUGAGUUAUGUUACCAGUUUAACAAGCUGUAGAGUUAUGUUACCAGUUUUAACAAGCUGUAGAGUUAUAUUACCAGUUUUAACAAGCUGUAGAGUUAUGUUACCAGUUUAACAAGCUGUAGAGUUAUAUUACCAGUUUUAACAAGCUGUAGAGUUAUGUUACCAGUUUAACAAGCUGUAGAGUUAUAUUACCAGUUUUAACAAGCUGUAGAGUUAUGUUACCAGUUUAACAAGCUAUAGAUAGAUACCUUCAAGAUGCAAGAGGCCUUCAUCGAGAAACUAAAGAUGAAGAACUUGAAGAUAACAGUGAGUUAUGUUACCAGUUUAACAAGCUGUAGAGUUAUGUUACCAGUUUUAACAAGCUGUAGAGUUAUAUUACCAGUUUUAACAAGCUGUAGAGUUAUAUUACCAGUUUUAACAAGCUGUAGAGUUAUGUUACCAGUUUAACAAGCUGUAGAUAGAUACCUUCAAGAUGCAAGAGGCCUUCAUCGAGAAACUAAAGAUGAAGAACUUGAAGAUAACAGUGAGUUAUGUUACCAGUUUAACAAGCUGUAGAGUUAUAUUACCAGUUUAACAAGCUGUCGAGUUAUGUUACCAGUUUAACAAGGUGUAGAGUUAUAUGACCAGUUUAACAAGCUGUAGGCCUUUUCACACUGCAUGUUCUUAGGCCAAGGAUAGUUUAGCCUCCUUUUGUUGUUCUUGUAGAAUACAUAUUAUCUUUAUUAGAGGUUUUAAAACCAAACGUAAGUAUAAUCAUGUCUCUGUGGGCUUGAAACUAAGAUGAGUUUACCUGCUCAGGAUUUCAAAGUCUAUUGUCAUAGCUUUGUUACAAGGCAUUAUAUAGGCUAAGGCCUCUAUUUUAACAAAUCUAACACACUGGUCAAUCUAAGCACAGUGGGUAGCGCUAGGUUCAGGGGUGUGUCUGAAAUAUUUUCGCUAUUUUCACUAUCACAAUUAUCGUGGGGCACUUGCUUAGCGUUGGCGCGAAAGGGCCGUGUUUUGAUGAAUAAACAAGUUGUGGGUGUGUCGAGGCUUGGCCCCUCACUGGCCAAUCAGAACGUGCUCCAUUGGUGAAAUAUGUGGUUGCUUCAAGUUGAGUAUUUAUUAUUAUGUAAUUGAUGUAUUACAUUGGAAUCAACUCAAAUUCCAAUCUUAGUCAGUUAUAGUUUGUUAAAUGGCUUACAGAAACGAAAUAACAAAAUGACCUAUCUUUGCUAAAAUACUUCAACUUGAACACAUUUGCAGUCCACAUAUUUCUAACUAAUUGCAUGGCUUCAGUAGCAUUCACACUGAUAUAGGGGCUAGGCCUACUGUAAAUUACAUUAUGGCUGAGCAUGGACAUGCCAAACAUUGUCAAUAAGCAAGACUAAAUUCAUUAUUGAUAAGGCCCUAAAAAGAUAACAAAUUCUAAACAAAACGAAACAACUAGUUUAAAAUAAGCUAUGUCACACUUACAGGCGCCAUCAUUUCACUCCUUGGGCAUAUAAUAUUAAAACAAUGCAGACUAGGGAGGGUUUUACGCACGUCCAAACUUUUCACAGUAGCUGGACAAAGAUCCAAUAUAAAGAGUAAGGGAGAAUGUCCUCUCACCGUUAUACUGUUUUAUGAACAUAAUCGAAACCAUCUUACAGAUCAGAUCGCAUUCAAACAUCAGCAGAAGUUGCAAUGCAUGCUCGCCACAGACGUUGUAACCAUAAAAGCAGGAAGGUGAAUCCUUCUAAUAACGUUGCUUGUUUUUUUCGAUUGAUUUUACUACAACUAAUCCGUUUUUUUUUAAACAACCACAACAAUAAAUACAUGUAAAAUGUAAUGAUGUCAUAAAACCUCCAGGAUAAAAAAGACAUUGUUGUUGAACCAGCCUUCAUUAUAGUAGACCUGAGGGAGGGGCUUGUUGUUGAACCAGCCUUCAUUAUAGUAGACCUGAGGGAGGGCUUGGGUUGUUGUUGAACCAGCCUUCAUUAUAGUAGACCUGAGGGAGGGCUUGUUGUUGAACCAGCCUUCAUUAUAGUAGACCUGAGGGAGGGCUUGGGUUGUUGUUGAACCAGCCUUCAUUAUAGUAGACCUGAGGGAGGGCUUGGGUUGUUGUUGAACCAGCCUUCAUUAUAGUAGACCUGAGGGAGGGCUUGUUGUUGAACCAGCCUUCAUUAUAGUAGACCUGAGGGAGGGCUUGGGUUGUUGUUGAACCAGCCUUCAUUAUAGUAGACCUGAGGGAGGGCUUGGGUUGUUGUUGAACCAGCCUUCAUUAUAGUAGACCUGAGGGAGGGCUUGGGUUGUUGUUGAACCAGCCUUCAUUAUAGUAGACCUGAGGGAGGGCUUGGGUUGUUGUUGAACCAGCCUUCAUUAUAGUAGACCUGAGGGAGGGCUUGUUGUUGAACCAGCCUUCAUUAUAGUAGACCUGAGGGAGGGCUUGGUUGUUGUUGAACCAGCCUUCAUUAUAGUAGACCUGAGGGAGGGCUUGGGUUGUUGUUGAACCAGCCUUCAUUAUAGUAGACCUGAGGGAGGGCUUGGGUUUUUGUUGAACCAGCCUUCAUUAUAGUAGACCUGAGGGGUUUUGAACAUAUGAAACUGAAAACAAGCAAUUGUUACAGGUUACAGAUAACUUCUAAAUACGAGGUUCACUGGUAUUCGCCGAGGUUCUCAUCUCUCGUUUCAUGAUGGCCAUGGAAACAGCCUACCUCAUGAAGGGAGUUUUAUAAAUUGAUUGAAAAUUGAUUUUACGCACGUCCAAAAUGGGACCUGCUUGGCUAAAAUAAUGUGGGCCUGCCUACAAUACAUAGAUAAAAAGGGAAUGUCAGCUCACUGUUUUACUCCUCUCAAACUUGAUAUUUUAGUAAAGCUUUGGUGAUAAAUAUUUAUUUCCAAGCGGUCUCAGCAGCCAAACCGUUUAUCGACAGUCUUGACUACUUCGCGAUUGCAUUGAGCAGGACAAAAAAAAAAAGCCUUAAUUGAGAGGAGGGGAGGCUAUGCUUGGUUUUUAACCAAAUAAAAUGAAAUGGGGAAAAAACAUUAGUCUUUUAUGUUUCUAAAUACGAAGUAUACAGGCACCAAAAGCACAUUAGGCUACUCUUGUUCCAUGUGUAUAUGGGCAGUGCGCGUCACGGCUGGAUAGGCUGCGUUUUCGCUGUCAAAAUUCAUGACGUAACCUACUGCGUUACAGCUAAAACCAAAUAUCCAUAUCAGCGGUACCUGAAAUUAGCACUUUGGAUCAUGUUUCUAAGGACACACCUAAAAUAUUUCCAACCCUACCAUCUGAGCACAAGCAAAGUAACAUGACGAAAUUGAAAACGAACCUGUGUUUAACAUUAGCGCCAGCCGAAAACAGAGCCCUCAUACAUGCUAUACAAGUACUAAAGCAUUAUACCUGCAGCAUUUAAGUAGUAGUUUAACAAGUACUAAAGCAUUAUACCUGCAGCAUUUAAGUAGUAGUUUAACAAGUACUAAAGCAUUAUACCUGCAGCAUUUAAGUAGUAGUUUAACAAGUACUAAAUAAUUAUACCUGCAGGAUUUAAGUAGUAGUUUAACAAGUACUAAAUAAUUAUACCUGCAGGAUUUAAGUAGUAGUUUAACAAGUACUAAAGCAUUAUACCUGCAGGAUCUAAGUAGUACUUUAACAAGUACUACCCAAUUGUGCUAUCUCUAGAUGAGUUUGACAAAAAAAUACUGUAAUUGUAUUGCUUGUAUUUCUGUGUUAUUAAUAUUGCUUGUAUUUCUGUGUUAAUAAUAUUGAGUUUGACAAAAAAAAUACUCUAAUAAUAUUGCUUGUAUUUCUGUGUUAUUAAUAUUGCUUGUAUUUCUGUGUUAAUAAUAUUGAGUUUGACAAAAAAAAAAAAUCUGUAAUAAUAUUGCUUGUAUUUCUGUGUUAUUAAUAUUGCUUGUAUUUCUGUGUUAUUAAUAUUGCUUGUAUUUCUGGUGUUAGAAAAUUGUAGACGACACUGUGGUCUUUUAUGGGAUCCAAGCCCCAAAGGAAGUCUUUGAGAAGUACAUGUAUCUACUGAAGGUGUCUGAUGUGUGCAACUGGAGCGAAACAGCAAGGAACUGUCCCUCUUUCCACCAGGUAAGGCAUGCACACACAUUUUUACAUUUUUCAUACAUAACCCCCCCCCCCCGUGGGAAACAAACUCACAACCCUGGCGUUGCAAGCGCCAUGCUCUACCAACUGAGCUACAGGGGGACACGCAUGCAGAGACACACACACUCACACGGUCUGAUGACUCAACGUAUUAGCAUGACAAACAUUCUAAAAAGGAAUCAUCCCAUGUACAUAAACAGAUACUCAGUCUUGUCAGCCAUCUUUAAAAUAUCUUCUUUAUUUCAGGAUCCGGAUUGUUCACUAUAUGCUGAAUCAUGUCUUCCUCGAUACAGGAGGUGAGUAGUGCUCUUCCCUCACCCACGCCAAUCCUCUCUCUCUCUCUCUCUCUCUCUCUCUCUCUCUCUCUCUCUCUCUCUCUCUCUGUCUCUGUCUCUGUCUCUCUCUCUCUCUAUCUGUCUCUCUCUAUCUGUCUCUCUCUCUUUCUCUUUCUCUAUCUCUAUCUCUAUCUCUAUCUCUAUCUCUAUCUCUAUCUCUAUCUCUAUCUCUCUCUCUCUCUCUCUCUCUCUCUCUCUCUCUCUCUCUCUCUCUCUCUCUCUCUCUCUCUCUCUCUCUCUCUUUCUCUCUCUCACACGUUACACUGGACCCUUCCUAAUGUUCCCCUCCUCCUUCUCAUCUGUCCAUUCUUACAGAGAACCUGUGGGAACUCAUGAAGAAGAAAGUGUUUGAAGCAAAGUUCUGCCUGCACGAGGUAAAGACAGUAGUCUGCUGCUCUGGUCAAAAGUAGUGCACAAUGUAGGGAAUAGGGUGCCAUUUGGGAUACAACCUGUGUCUCUAUGGUGUGUGUGGAUCUCUUCCUGACGCUGAACAGCAUGGUUCAGGUAGACAGUAGACACACCCAUGAGGAAAUGGGGUCAUGUAGUGUCCAUAGAUAGAAAAGUACCUGGAUUUACUGCCAGAAUGAGAGUCCAUUUAUAUGAAAUGUUAUGUACUGUAGUAUAGCAUUGUAUAACAGAGUUUAAUCAAAGGGUAUGAUAAGUAAAUAGACAAUGUGCCUGGCUGGCAGUGAAAUGUUUCUACAGUAUCUUUCAUUACAAAUGUCAUCCCGUGUCCCAUUUUACCUUUACGUCAUUUAGCAGACGCUCUUAGUAGAUGCGAGCGGAGGAGCACACAGACAACUUAUUGUGAAAAGGGAAAGCAUACCUGUGAGGGAGAGUCUACCCUACACCCUGUACCCUACACCCUAUACCCUACACCCUGUACCCUACACCCUGUACCCUACACCCUAUACCCUACACCCUGUACCCUACACCCUAUACCCUACACCCUGUACCCUACACCCUAUACCCUACCAAACCCUAACCCUACACCCUGUAACCCUACACCCUAUACCCUACCGACCCUACACCCUACACCCUACCAACCCUAUACCACUAACCCUGUACCCUACACCUAUACCCUACACCAUAUACCCUAUCACCCUAUACCCUACACCAACCCUGUCCAACCCAUAACACCCAUAACCCUACACCCUAUAAACCCUACAACCUAUACCCUUACCCUACUUCCCUAUCACCCUGACCCUACACCCUAUCACCCUACACCAUAUACCCUAUAACCUAUACCCUAACCACCCUAACCCUAACCUAUACCCUAUACCCUACUACCCUAUUACCCUAUACCCUCACCCUAACCCUUACCCUAUACCCUAUACCCUAUACCCUAUACCCUACACCCUAUACCCUGUACCCUAUUCCCUGUACCCUACACCCUAACCCUGUACCCUAUACCCUGUACCCUACACCCUAUACCCUGUACCCUAUUCCCUACACCCUAUUCCCUAUACCCUGUACCCUAUUCCCUAUUCCCUUUACCCUACACCCUAUACCCUAUACCCUAUUCCCUAUACCCUAUUCCCUGUACCCUACACCCUAUACCCUUUACCCUAUUCCCUACACCCUAUGCCCUAUACCCUACACCCUAUACCCUGUACCCUAAACCCUAUACCCUGUACCCUACACCCUAUUCCCUGUACCCUACACCCUAUAUAGUGUCUCUGGUCAAUAUAGGGAAUAGGGUGCCAUUUUGGAUGCACACUAUACACUACCCAAGUGUCUGGGUUUAUCUGAUUGAAAAUACGUUUCUGUGUCAAAGUGAUGUGAGAGAAUGGCUGCCGUAAAGACUCCUAAAGGUCAAAGUGAUGUGAGUGAAUGGCUGCCAUAAAGACCCCUAAAGGUCAAAGUGAUGUGAGUGAAUGGCUGCCAUAAAGACUCCUAAAGGUCAAAGUGAUGUGAGUGAAUGGCUGCCGUAAAGACUCCUAAAGGUCAAAGUGAUGUGAGUGAAUGGCUGCCGUAAAGACUCCUAAAGGUCAAAGUGAUGUGAAUGAAUGGCUGCCAUAAAGACUCCUAAAGGUCAAAGUGAUGUGAGUGAAUGGCUGCCAUAAAGACUCCUAAAGGUCAAAGUGAUGUGAGUGAAUGGCUGCCAUAAAGACUCCUAAAGGUCAAAGCGAUGUGAGUGAAUGGCUGCCGUAAAGACUCCUAAAGGUCAAAGUGAUGUCAUUGUUUUCCUCUGUUUCUCUGAGAGACUACUGAGCCACCCUCAGAGUUAAACAUAGUGAGGUGAUUAUUUUCUGUCUGACGGCACCUCCUCUGUUCUUGUUAACUGACAUUUGCAUGAAUGCGUGCACGCACACACACUCAACACACACACUCACACACACACACACUGAGUAUCUGUUUGUCCAAGUGAUGAUUCAUUUUUGAAGAUGUUAAAACAUUUCUCAUGCUAAUACAUUGAGUCAUCUGUGUGUGUGUGUGUGUGUGUGUGUGUGUGUGUGUGUGUGUAUAUGUAUGCUCCAGUCCCUGACUCUGUGCUUGUGCUUUCAGAGGAAGAAUCAGAAGGAACUGAGGAAGAGUUGGGCCAGAUGGACUGCCUGUCUCCAGGGCCAACCCAUCAGUGAUGUUAGGUUAGUUAGGCUCACCACCCGUGUUUCUGCCUGUCUCCAGGGCCAACCCAUCAGGGAUGUUAGGUUAGUUAGGCUCACCACCCGUGUUCUGCCUGUCUCCAGGGCCAACCCAUCAGUGAUGUUAGGUUAGUUAGGCUCACCACCCGUGUUUCUGCCUGUCUCCAGGGCCAACCCAUCAGUGAUAGGUUAGUUAGGCUCACCACCCGUGUUUCUGCCUGUCUCCAGGGCCAACCCAUCAGUGAUGUUAGGUUAGUUAGGCUCACCACCCGUGUUCUGCCUGUCUCCAGGGCCAACCCAUCAGGGAUGUUAGGUUAGUUAGGCUCACCACCCGUGUUUCUGCCUGUCUCCAGGGCCAACCCAUCAGGGAUAGGUUAGUUAGGCCUACCACCCAUGUUUCUGCCUGUCUCCAGGGCCAACCCAUCAGUGAUAGGUUAGUUAGGCUCACCACCCGUGUUUCUGCCGGUAUUCAGACCCCUUGACUUUUUCAAAAUGUUGUUACGUUACAGCCUUAUUCUAAAAUUGAUUACAUUGUUUUUUUCCCCUCAUCAAUGUACACACAAUACCCCAUAAUGACAAAGCAAAAACAGGUUUUUAGAAAUUUUAGCAAAUGUAUAUAAAAAUAAAUAAAUAAUGAUAUCACAUUUACAUAAGUAUUCAGACCCUUUACUCCGUACUUUGUUAGAACCCUUGGCAGCGAUUACAGCCUUUUGUCUUCUUAAUUAUGACGCUACAAACUUGCCACACCUGUAUUUGGGGAGUUUCUCCCAUUCUUUUCUGCAAAUCCUCUCAAGCUCUGUCAGGUUGGAUGGGGAGCAUCGCUGCACAGCUAUAUUCAUGUCUCUCCAGAGAUGUUCGAUUGGGUUAAAGUCCGGGCUCUGGCUGGGCCACUAAAGGACAUUCAGAGACUUGUCCCGAAACCACUUCUGCGUUGUCUUGGCUGGGUGCUUAGGGUCAUUGUCCUGUUGGAAGGUGAACCUUUGCCCCAGUCUGAGGUCCUGAGCGCUCUGGAGCAGAUUUUCAUCAAGGAUCUCACUGUACUUUGCUCCGUUCAUCUUUGCCUCGAUCAUGACUAGUCUCCCAGUCCCUGCCUCUGAAAAACAUCCCCACAGCAUGAUGCUGCCACCACCACGCUUCACCGUAGGGAUGGUGCCAGGUUUCCUCCAGACAUGACGCUUGGCAUUCAGGCCAAAGAGUUCAGUCUUGGUUUCAUCAGACCAGAGAAUCUUGUUUUUCAUGGUCUGAGAGUCCUUUAGGUACCUUUUGGCAAACUCCAAGCGGGCUGUCAUGUGCCUUUUACUGAGGAGUGGCUUCCGUCUGGCCACUCUACCAUAAAGGCCUGAUUGGUGGAGUGCUGUACAGAUGGUUGUCCUUCUGGAAGGUUCUCCCAUCUCCACAGAGUUCCUCUGGAGCUCUGUCAGAGUGACCAUCAGGUUUUUUCUCACCUCCCUGAUCAAGGCCCUUCUCCCCCGAUUGCUCAGUUUGGCCGGGAGGCCAGCUCUAGGAAGAGUCUUGGUGGUUCCAAACUUCUUCCAUUUAAGAAUGAUGGAGUCCACUGUGUUCUUGGGGACCUUCAAUGCUGUAGACAUUUUUUGGUACCCUUUCCCAGAUCUGUGCCUCGACACAAUCCUGUCUCGGAGCUAUACGGACAAUUCCUUCGACCUCAUGGAUUGUUUUUUGCUCUGACAUGCACUGUCAACUGUGAGACCUUACAUAGACAGGUGUGUGCAUUUCCAAAUCAUGUCCAAUCAAUUGAAUAUACCACAGGUGGACUCCAAUCAAGUUGUAGAAACAUCUCAACGAUGAUCAAUGGAAACAGGAUGCACCCAAGCUCAAUUUCGAGUCUCAUAGUAAAGGGUCUGAAUACUUAUGUAAAUAAGGUAUUUCUGUUUUUAAUUUCUAAUAGAUUUGCAAAAAGAUUUUAUAAACCUGCUUUUGCUUUGUCAUUAUGGGGUAUUCUGUGUAGAUUGAGGGAAAAAAAGAAUAUAACGUAACAAAAUGUGGAAAAAGGGAAGAGGUCUGAAUACUUUCCGAAUGCACUGUAUGCCCCUUUAACUUUGGCGGAAAUUACUUUGGGGCGAAGGUGUAUUGGUUUAGGUUCAGACUGAACCUGUCUUUAUCUUGUCUUUAUCUUGUCACCUGUCUGUCUUUAUCUGUCUUUAUCUUGACACCUGUCUUUGUCUGUCUUUAUCUUGACACCUGUCUGUCUUUAUCUUGUCACCUGUCUGUCUUUGUCUUUUAUCUUGUCACCUGUCUGUCUUUAUCUGUCUUUAUCUUGACACCUGUCUGUCUUUAUCUGUCUUUAUUUUGUCACUUGUCUGUCUUUAUCUGUCUUUAUCUUGUCACCUGUCUGUCUUUAUCUGUCUUUAUCUUGACACCUGUCUUUAUCUGUCUUUAUCUUGACACCUGUCUGUCUUUAUCUGUCUUUAUCUUGACACCUGUCUGUCUUUAUCUGUCUUUAUCUUGUCACCUGUCUGUCUUUGUCUGUCUUUAUCUUGUCACCUGUCUGUCUUUAUCUGUCUUUAUCUUGACACCUGUCUUUGUCUGUCUUUAUCUUGACACCUGUCUGUCUUUAUCUGUCUUUAUCUUGUCACCUGUCUGUCUUUAUCUGUCUUUAUCUUGUCACCUGUCUGUCUUUAUCUGUCUUUAUUUUGUCACCUGUCUGUCUUAUCUGUCUUUAUCUUGUCACCUGUCUGUCUUAUCUUUACUUCUGUCUUUAUCUUGCACCUGUCUGUCUUUAUCUGUCUUUAUCUUGUCACCUGUCUGUCUUUAUCUGUCUUUAUCUUGCACCUGUUGCUUUAUCUGUCUUUAUCUUGCACCUGUCUGUCUUUAUCUGUCUUUAUCUUGUCACCUGUCGUGUCUUUAUCUUGUCACUGCUGUUUUGUCUUUAUCUUGCACCUGUCUGUCUUUAUCUGUCUUUAUCUUGUCACCUGUCUGUCUUUUGUCAUGUCUGUUAUCUUGCACCUGUCUGUCUUUCUGUCUUUAUUUGUCACCUGUCGUUUUAUCUGUCUUUAUUUGUCACUGUCUGUCUUCUGUCUAUUGUCACCUGUCUGUCUUUGUUUAUCUUGUCACCUGUGUCUGUCUUUAUUGUCUGUAUUUAUUGUCACCUGUCGCUUACUGUUUUAUUUUGGCACUGUCGUCUUAUGCUUUACUGUCGGUCUGUGUGUGUUGGUACUGUCUGUUGAUCCUUCCUGCUGUGUUGGUGUCAUGUGUUCUUAGGACUGCUUUUCUUCACCCUCAUCUGUGAGUGGUGUUGUGUGUUGUGUUUAUGCGACUGGUGUGUUAUGAAGAUUGGUGUGUUGUGUGUUGUACGACUGUGUAUGUGGACUGUGUGUGUAUGGGACUGUGUGUGUUGUGUGUAUGCGGACGGUGUGUGUGUUGUGUGUGGUUAUGCGGGACUGUGGUGUGUCUGUGUGUAAUGCAGACUGUGUGUGUGGUGUUGUGUAAUGGCCGGACUGUGUGUGUCUGUGUUGUGUUGUAAUGCGGACUGUGUAUGUGACCUGUGUGUUGAUGCGGACUGUGUGUGUCUGUGUGUAUGCGGACUGUGUGUGUGUGGUGUAUGCGGACUGUGUUGUGUGUCUGGGGUGUAUGCUGGACUGUGUGGUGUUGUGUGUAUGCGGAAACUGUGUGUGUCUGUGUGUAUGCGGACUGUGUGUGUGUGUGUGUGGUAUGCGGACUGUGUGUGUCCUGUGUGUGUAUGCGGACUGUGUGUGUGUGUGUGUAUGCGGACUGUGUGUGGUGUGUGUGUAUGUGGACGUGUUGUGUGUGUGUGUGUAAUGCGGACUGUGUGUGUGUGUGUGGUGGUGGUAUGCGGACUUGGUGUUGUCUGUGUGUGUAUGGCGUACUGUGUGUUGUGUUGUGUGUGUGGUAGGGCCGGAACUGUGGUGUGUGUGUGUGUAUGCGGACUGUGUGUGUCUGUGUGUAUGCGGACUGUGUGUGUGUGUGUAUGCGGACUGUGUGUGUGUGUGUGUAUGCGGACUGUGUGUGUGUGUGUGUAUGCGGACUGUGUGUGUGUGUCUGUGUGUGUGCGGACUGUGUGUGUCUGUGUAAUAUUACUAUGUGAUAACCUGUAUCAAGGCAUCAACCUGGUUAAUAAUGUUUUUCUUGUAGAAAGGAGGUGUGUGAGUCUAAGACAAUAAUGUGUCCGCUGUGUGACAAGAGAUGCAAAGUGUGGCUACUCAGCGAUACCUGCCUCUACGCCAAGGUACGCACUCACUCAUUCACUCAUCACUCAUCACUCAUUCACUCACUCACUCACUCACUCACUCACUCACUCACUCACUCACUCACUCACUCACUCACUCACUCGUUAGUUUUUUUUUUUUUUUUUUUUUUUUUUUUGAAAAACAAUAAAACCCAACAAGUAUCAAUACAAAGCAUUGCCAUGGUAAAAUCAUAACAUACACUCAGUGGUCAGUUUAUUAGGUAUACCUAUCUAGUACCGGGUCGGACCCCCCUUUGCUUCCAGAACAGCCUGAAUUGUUCAGGGCAUGGAUUCUUUAAUUUUUUGAGGGGGAUGUAAUUUUCCCCCAAUUUCGUGAAAUCCAAUUGGUAGUUAUGAUCUUGUCUCAACGCUGCAACUCCCCAUUGAGGCGAAGGUCGAUACAUGCGUCCCCCGAAACGUGACCCGCCAGGCCGCGCUGCUUCUUAACACACUGCUCGCUUAACGCCGAAGCACCAAUGUGUAGGAGGAAACACAGUUCGACUGACAACUGAAGUCAGCUUGCAGGCGCCCCGCCCACCACAAGGAGACGCUGGGCUAAUUGUGCGCCGCCCCUGGGGCUCCCGGUCACAGCCGUCUGUAACACAGUCUGUAAUCCCCAGGCUGUAGUGGAGCCUCAGCACUGUGAUGCAGUGCCUUAGACCGCUGAGCCACUCGGGAGGCUUCCCAGCAUGGAUUCUAAAAGGUGUCGGAAACGUUCCACAGGGAUGUUGGUCCAUGCUGACGCGAUGGCAGCACGCGGUUGCUGCAUAAUUGGACAGCGGUACAUUCAUGCACCACCAGCCUGUACUGUUGACACCAGGCAGGAUGGGUCCAUGAACUCAUGCUGCUUACGCCAAAUCCUGACUCUGCCAUCAGCAUGACGCAACAGGAACUGGUAUUUGUCGGAACAGGCAAUGUUUUUCCACUCCUCAGUUGUCCAGUGUUGGUGAUGGCCUGCCCACUGGAGCCGCUUCUUGUUUUUAGCUGAUAGGAGUGGAACCCGGUGUGGUCGUCUGGUGCAAUAGCCCAUCUGUGACAAGGAUCGACAAGUUGUGUGUUCCGAGAUGCCGUUCUGCACAACACUGUUGUACUGCGCCGUUAUUUGCCUGUUUGUGGUCCGCCUGUUAGCUUGCACGAUUCUUGCCAUUCUCCUUUGACCUCUCAUCAAUGAGCUGUUUUCACCCACAGGACUGUCGCUGACUGGAUGUUUUUUGUUCGUCACACCGUUCUCUGUAAACCCUAGACACUGUCGUGCGUGAAAAGCCCAGGAGGGCGUUUCUGAGAUACUGGAACCGGCGCGCCUGGCACCGACGAUCAUACCAGGGUCAAAGCCGCUUAGGUCACUAGCUUUGCCCAAUCUAACAUUCAAUCGAACAGUAACUGAAUGCCUCGAUGCCUGUCUGCCUGCUUUAUAUAGCAAGCCACGUCCACGUGACUCACUGUCUGUAGGAGCGAACCAUUUUCAUGAACGGGGUGGUGAACAGGGUGGUGUACCUUAAUAAACUGGCAUGGAUAUUACAGGAGCUAGAGUAAUGUUGAAAUGUUGCAAAAACAUACCAAAAAAAAAGAAGAAAAAAACCUCAACUGAAAGAUGUUGACAGGGGUUGAUCUGAAACUAAGUGGUUCUAGCACAGUGGCUUAAGGGAAGAAUUAUGUGGUUACACAAUACAACUUAGAAAUGUGUAGUCUUCUACUAAAUAAGGCCACUCAGGUUUUUGUGAAUGCAAUUGUAGGCUGUGAACUAACAGGCAGACUACUGCAUUAUACUAUUACUACUACUGCAUUAUACUUUUACUACUACUGCAUUAUACUACUACUACUGCACUAUACUAUUACUAAUACUGCAUUAUACUAUUACUACUACUACCGCAUUAUACUAUUACUACUACUGCAUUAUACUAUUACUACCACUGCAGUAUAUUAUUACAACUACUGCAGUAUACUAUUACUACUACUGCAGUAUACUAUUACUACUACUGCAGUAUACUUUUACUACUACUGCAUUAUACUAUUACUACAACUGCAGUAUACUAUUACUACUGCUGCUGUAUACUAUUACAACUACUGCAUUAUACUAUUAAUACUACUACUGCACUAUACUAUUACUACUACUACUGCAUUAUACUAUUACUACUACUGCAUUAUACUAUUACUACUACUGCAGUACACUAUUACUACUACUGCAGUAUACUAUUACUACUACUGCAUUAUGAUAUUACUACUACUGCAGUAUACUAUUCUACUACUGCAUUAUACUAUUCCUACUACUGCAUUAUACUAUUAAUACAACUGCAGUAUACUAUUAAUACUACUGCAGUAUACUAUUACUACUUCUGCAUUAUACUAAUACUACUACUGCAGUAUACUAUUACUACUACUGCAUUAUACUAUUACUACUUCGGCAUUAUACUAUUACUACUACUGUAGUACACUAUUACUACUACUGCAUUAUACUAUUACUACUACUGCAUUAUACUAUUACUACUACUGCGGUAUAUUAUUACUACUACUGCAUUAUACUAUUACUACUACUGCAUUAUACUAUUACUACUACUGCAGUAUACUAUUAAUACUACUGUAGUAUACUAUUACUACUACUGCAUUAUACUAUUACUACUACUGCAUUAUACUAUUACUACUACUGCAGUAUAUUAUUACUACUACUGCAUUAUACUAUUACUACUACUGCAUUAUACUAUUACUACUACUGCAGUAUACUAUUACUACUACUGCAGUAUAUUAUUACUACUACUGCAUUAUACUAUUACUACUACUGCAUUAUACUAUUACUACUACUGCGGUAAUACUAUUAAUAUACUUGAUAUACUAUUACUACUGCAUUAUACUAUUAUACUAUUACUACUACUGCAUUAUACUAUUACUACUACUGCAUAUACUAUUAACUACGCUAUUUAUAUAGCAUAUACUAUUACUACUACUGCAUUAUACUAUUACUACUACUGCAUUAUACUAUUACUACUACUGCAGUAUAUAUUACUACUACUGCAUUAUACUAUUACUACUACUGCAUUAUACUAUUACUACUACUGCAGUUAUACUAUUACAUACUACUGCAGUAUAUAUUACUACUACUGCAUUAUACUAUUACUACUACUGCAUUAUACUAUUACUACUACUGCAGUAUACUAUUACUACUACUGCAUGUAUACUAUUACUACUACUGCAUUAUACUAUUACUACUACUUAAGCAAACUAUUUACUACUGCAUUAUACUAUUACUACUACUGCAUAUACUAUUACUACUACUGCAUACUUAUACUACUGCAUAUACUUUACUACCUGCAUUAUACUAUACUACUACUGCAGUAUACUAUUACUACUACUGCAGUAUACUAUUACUACUACUGCAUUAUACUAUUACUACUACUGCAGUAUACUAUUACUACUAUGCAAUUAUGACUAUUCAUUAUACUACGCUAUUUAUUAUAUUCACAUAAUACUACUUGCAUUAUACUAAUAUAACUACUAACUCUGCAGUAUACUAUUACUACUACUGCAUAUAUCUACUAUUAUACUUACUUACUGCAUUAUACUAUUACUACUACUGCAUAAUUACUAUUUACUACUACUGCAUAUACUAUUACUACUACUUGGCAUUAUAUAUUACUACUACCUAUAUUAUACUAUACUGCAGUAUACUAUUACUACUACUGCAGUAUACUAUUACUACUACUGCAUUAUACUUAUACUACUACUGCAGUUAUAUCUAUUACUUACUAACUACUGCAUUAUACUAUUACUACUACUGCAUAUACUAUUACUACUAUGCAGAUAAUACCUAUUAACUACUACUGUCAGUAUACUAUUACUACUACUGCAUUAUACUAUUACUACUACUGCAGUAUACUAUUACUACUACUGCAGUUAUACUAUUACUACUACUGCAUUAUACUAUUACUACUACUGCAUUAUACUAUUACUACUACUGCAGUAUACUAUUACUACUACUGCAGUAUAUUCUUUAUAUACUAACUGCAUGUAUACUAUUACUACUACUGCAUUAUACUAUUACUACUUGCAGUAUACUAUUACUACUACUGCAGUAUAUUAUUACUACUACUGCAGUAUAUAUUACUACACUGCUAUAUAUACUACUAUGCAUUACUAUUACUUACUGCAUUACUAUUACUACACGCAUAUACUAUUACUACUACAGCAUUAUACUAUUACUACUACUGCACUGCUGCGUAUACUAUUACUACUACUGCAUUAUACUAUUAAUACUACUACUGCACUAUACUAUUACUUCUACUACUGCAUUGUACUAUUACUACUACUGCAUUAUACUAUUACUACUACUGCAUUAUACUAUUACUACUACUGCAUUAUGCUAUUACUACUACUGCAGUAUACUAUUCUACUACUGCAUUAUACUAUUCCUACUACUGUAUUAUACUAUUACUACUACUGCAGUAUACUAUUCUACUACUGCAUUAUACUAUUCCUACUACUGCAGUAUACUAUUCUACUACUGCAUUAUACUAUUCCUACUACUGCAUUAUACUAUUACUACUACUGCGGUAUACUAUUAAUACUACUGCUAUUACUACUGCAUUAUACUAUUACUAUUUAUACUACUGCAGUAUACUAUUGGUAGUACUAUUACAGCAAACAUAAUGGUCAGAGAAGUAAUGUUCAAAACAUGACAUAGACUGACCAGGUGAAUCCAGGUGAAAGCUAUGAUCCCUUGUUGACGUCACCAAGUAUCCCCUUUUCCCUUUUUCCCCAUCACUUGAGAUAUCUUGGUAGAAAUUAUAAGUAUAUGACAAGCAGCAAGAAUGUGAUCAAAUCAAAGUGUAUUGGUUGCGUACACAGUUUAGCAGAUGUUAUAGCGUGUGCAGCGAAAUGCUUGUGUUACUGAUUCGAAUCAGAGCGCCGGAGGGGAGCAACGGUAGGAGAUGUGACAAGAUGUCAUAUUAAUUUGUAUUUACAUCAAGUAUUUACAGCCUUUUCAUCAUAAUUCAUGAUAAAUGUUAUAAAAUAUUGACCACAGUAAAAGUCAGAAGGGGUUAAAUGGUAUUUACUAAGGCAGUGACUGGCAUCGCUGUUUUUGGUCUGAAGUCGGUUCCAUGGUUGAACUGGUUGAUGGUGGGUGUGUUCUUGUGUUCUCUCUGGCCCCAUUGGUCUAUGCCCUGGAGGCCUGGCCAAUAGUCUCUCACUGGGCAGUGCUUAAAGAGUUGUAAUCAGCAGGCAGUUUGAUUGGCCAGACCUUGCCAUUAGGUGGGCCGAACAUCAAAACUCCAUGAUAGUGACCUGGAACUGACCGCUCAUGACUUCAGAGAUCUCUAUGAGGAAUGGCGAGUGGUUGCCGUAGUGUUCAAUUAUGUUGUUAUCCAUAUUGGCGUAAAAUCCCUCUUUUGCAUGUCUUGUAGAUGUUUCCCAAUGGUGUCCUCUUGUAGGCCAUACAUUUCAGAAAUCACUUGUCUCAGACCUUUCAGAGUUGGGGUGUUGAGCAUGAGCGCAUCAAACACCUCCUCAGAAUCUGUUCUCACGUACAGGAGUGCUCUCUGCUGCACCUCCCAUCUGGCCUGCUUGCUUGGAGGUGGGCUACCACUGCUCUGGUCCACUCUAUCAGGGUACAGUCUCUUCAGGGAGGUCCUUUCAAUCUCCUCCAUUGUUGUGGGGUGGGGUGCAAGGCCGCAGGGCUGCAUCUCUGGGAUGAAGAGGACAGGGCUGGUGACGUGGUCCUCCAGGGUCUUGAGAAGGUGAUGAUGUCAUGGAGCUGGUGACGUGGUCCUCCGGGGUCUUGAGAAGGUGAUGUCAUGGAGCUGGUGACGUGGUCCUCCAGGGUCUUGAGAAGGUGAUGUCAUGGAGCUGGUGACGUGGUCCUCCAGGGUCUUGAGAAGGUGAUGUCAUGGAGCUGGUGACGUGGUCCUCCAGGGUCUUGAGAAGGUUUAUGUCAUGGAGCUGGUGACGUGGUCCUCCAGGGUCUUGAGAAGGUUUAUGUCGUGGAGCUGGUGACGUGGUCCUCCAGGGUCUUGAGAAGGUGCUGUCGUGGAGCUAGUGACGUGGUCCUCCAGGGUCUUGAGAAGGUGAUGUCAUGGAGCUGGUGACGUGGUCCUCCAGGGUCUUGAGAAGGUGCUGUCAUGGAGCUGGUGACGUGGUCCUCCAGGGUCUUGAGAAGGUGAUGUCGUGGAGCUGGUGACGUGGUCCUCCAGGGUCUUGAGAAGGUGAUGUCAUGGAGCUGGUGACGUGGUCCUCCAGGGUCUUGAGAAGGUGAUGUCAUGGAGCUGGUGACGUGGUCCUCCAGGGUCUUGAGAAGGUGAUGUCAUGGAGCUGGUGACGUGGUCCUCCAGGGUCUUGAGAAGGUGAUGUCGUGGAGCUGGUGACGUGGUCCUCCAGGGUCUUGAGAAGGUGCUGUCAUGGAGCUGGACACUACUGACUUUGUUGUUGAUGAGCUGCUUUUCUGAGUUGGGGGAGAGAGGGGGGGAGAUGGGCAAAAGCUUGAUGUUCAGGUCCAGCGCCUCCUGGGGGUGGCUGGAGGAAAUUGUCUCAGACAGCAGCUUUAUGAUGUUGGAGGGUGUCUCCAGGGAGGCCAGCUCAGGCGAGGAGCCACUCAGUCCUCUGUAAUGACUUGUACAUACUGCUGCCUCGCAUGCAUGCAACCAUUUUCUGUUCUUUGGGUGUGUCUUGCACUGGUAUGGAGAUAGUGGUAAGGUUGUCCUCAGUGUCGGGUCUGGGUUUGGUAAGUAGGUUGUCCGGGUAAGAUGGUCCUCUGUGUUGGGUCUGGGUUUGGUGAGUAUGUUGUCCGGGUAAGAUCGUCCUCAGUGUCGGGUCUGGGUUUGGUGAGUAGGUUGUCCGGGUAAGGUCGUCCUCUGUGUUGGGUCCGGGUAAGAUCGUCCUCUGUGUUGGGUCUGUGUAGGCCCAGGAGUCCAUGAUGUAGUUACUGUAGCGCUAGUAGUUGAAGUACUCGUUCUGAAGGACCAAUUCCCAGAGUCUCAAUUUCUUUGGUCAUGACUCAGAGGUUCCUUUUGGGUAAAGUAUCCUACCAGUGAGUGUGUACAGUCCGUCUUAGCAGAGAGAAGAAGCAGACGUCCCGCUGAGUGAGCCUGUUCUAUUCUGGUCCUUGCCGGCUCCCCACAUUUAUUUUCCUGCCGACAGGUAGCUUCCUGAUUGGCCAAGGGCUCUGAAGACAGGUGCCUGAUAGAGCAGGUGUAGAGGGGUUAACUGUUUCAGUGCUGGUGAGAAACCAGGUGUGAGUGGUGGGUACCUAACAGGACAAUCCUGGGCAGUGUUUCACACAUCUCAUUAGGAGUUAAAGACAAGAAUGAGAUUGGUUUCUGCAAGGUGUGAAAGGCUUCUUAUUUUGAGUGAGAAACCAAAGAUAGUUUGCAGGCUUUAAAAUGGUUUAUAUAAUUCAGUAUCAUUAUUUUGUCUCUCUGGGUCUACAGUGUUUAGAAAAUGCAAUUGGUGGUUUUGGUGCACUUAUUUGCUGGGAUCAGUGUUUGUAAUUGUCGUUGGCAAAACUAUUUGAUGAGAGUUGUAGCUGAGGACUUUGGAUAGGUUUUGAAAGUAUUUUGAUCCUUUGCAUAUGAAAUUAUCCACACAGAAUAAAGAUUAUAAUAUAAAGUCUCUAUAAAGAAACAAAUACCAUAUUAAUUAUUUCAAAUGUAGAUACCGGUAGAUUACAUUUUAAUGUAUUUAAUGAGCAGGAGUUUAAUGUUUUAAGAAGUAAAUUAGGAUUUUUUAUGGUUUGGAUUUUACAUUUCAAUAUAGAUAAAACUGAAAUAUAUAUUAUUUCAAAUCUGGAAAGAAAUUGAAGCGAGAAUUCACAAUUCUCAAAGUGCAAUACAUCUUUAAAUACGUAAUAUUUAAUAUGAAACAUCACACUUUAUGUUUUAUGUUAUUGUAUUUCUUUAAGCUUAUUACCAUGUGAUUCCAGAGGAAACUAAAUGUCAGAUUCAUGUGAAAGGGAUUAGCCCAUUCAGCAGAAACCACAAUAUGUAAAUGUAGGAACCUCCAAAGUUAUUGGCACCCUUGCCAAAGAUGAGAAGAAAUGACUGUGUCAAAUAAAUAAUACAAAUACUGAGCUAUAUUGUAUGCUCCAAAAAAUUUGAAGAUUAUACUAUUUUGUACUAAUACAAUUGCACAGAGAAAUAUAUUUUGUUAAACAAUAAUAAAACAAUUUCUCAAAGGGGAUAGGUUUCAAAAUUAUUGGUACUCCGGUGUGAAAUUGCUAGCUAGUUAGCGGUGACGUCACUCGCUCUGAAACCUUGAAGUAGUUGUUUCCCUUUGCUCUGCAAGGGCCGCGGCUUUUGUGGAGCGACGGGUAACGGUGCUUCGAGGGUGACUGUUGUUGAUGUGUGCAGAGGGUCCCUGGUUCAAGCCCAGGUUGGGGUGAGGAGAGGGAUGGAAGCAACACUGUUACACAAGGAUAACAACACUGAGCAUUUUUUAAAAUAAUGUUUUAUGAGAUUGGAAAUGUCCCACUCUGUCUGCCGUAUUAUUUAUUUCACAUUGGGAGGGAUCUUAGACCUCCAUACAGAAUCUUUCCAGAGCCUGGAUAUCCUUCGGUUUGCACUAAUGGACUGCCCUUUUCAAUUAAAACCACAUGUUUUCAAUGGGGUUCAAGUCUGGAGACUGAGAUGCCCCAUUACAAAAUGUUCAUUUUGUGGUCAAUUUAUAAUUUCUUUAUGGAUUUUGAUGUGUGCGUGGGGCUAUUGUCUUGCUGGAAGAUCCACUUGCGGCCAAGUUUCAGCCUACUGGCAGAGGCAACCAGGUUUUUGGCUAAAAUGUCCUGGUGCUUGGUAGAGUUCAUGAUGCUGUUGACCUUAACAGGGGCCCUAGGACCAGUGGAAGCAAAAAAAAGCCCCAUUAAAUCAAAUAUCCACCACCAUAUUUGACAGUAGGUGUGAGGUUAUUUUCUGUCUUCAUUUGACACCAAACCCACCACUGUGUACACUACAAAAAUAUGUGUUGUGGAACUGGUUUCUAACUAGUACAAUGUAACUAUCUCUUUCUCUACAGGUCAGCAUCCUAUUUGACAACGAGGGGACGGUUAUGUUUGCUAUGUUCAUGGCAGUAUGGGGUGAGUCGGUACAUACAGUAGUAACCUAAAUAUAUGUUUACUAUGUUCAUGGCAGUAUGGAGUGAGUCGUAUAUACUCCAGUAGUAACCUAAAGAUAUGUUAUGUUAUGUUAUGUUUUCAGUGCUGAGAAAGCUACAGAUGUAGGAUCUCAAUUUGCCCUAUAUUGUCGCAACAAAAUAAUCUUGCAGCAACAGGCUUUUAAUGUUUAGUCCAUAAUGUUGCUUGAUCGGUGGUUGGGUCAUGAAAAGUGGAAUACUGUUAAUAUGUGUUAAUGUGGGUUUUCAUUUAAUUUAUGUACAGUACCAGUCAAAAGUUUGGAAACACCUACUCAUUCAAGGGUUUUUCUUUAUUUUUUACUAUUUUCUACAUUGUAAAAUAAUAGUGAAGACAUCAAAACUAUGAAAUAAGACAUAUGGAAUCAUGUAGUAACCAAAAAAGUGUUAAACAAAUUUUUCAGAUAGCCACCCUUUGCCUUGAUGACAGCUUUGCACACUCUUGGCAUUCUCUCAACCAGCUUCACCUGGAAUGUUUUUCCAACAGUCUUGAGGGAGUUCCCACAUGUGCUGAGCACUUGUUGGCUGCUUUUCCUUCACUCUGCCGUCCGACUCAUCCCAAACCAUCUCAAUUGGAUUGAGGUCGGGGGGAUUGCAGAGGCCAGGUCAUCUGAUGCAGCACUCAUCACUCUCCUUCUUGGUAAAAUAGCCCUUACACAGCCUGGAGGUGUGUACCCAAGAUUGUCUUGUUGAAAAACAAAUGAUAGUCCCAUUAAGCCCAAACCGGAUGGGAUGGCGUAUCGCUGCAGAAUGCUGUGGGAGCCAUGCUGGUUAAGUGUGCCUUGAAUUAUAAAUAGAUCACAGACAGUAUCACCAGCAAAGCACCCCCACACCAUAACACCUCCUCCUCCAUGCUUUACGGUGGGAACUACACAUGCGGAGAUCAUCCGUUCACCCAUACUGCGUCUUACAAAGACACGGCGGUUGGAACCAAAAAUCUCAAUUUUGGACUCCAGACAAAAGGACACAUCUCCGCUGGUCUAAUGUCCAUUGCUCGUGUUUCUUGGCCCAAGCAGGUCUCUUCUUCUUAUUGGUGUCCUUUAGUAGUGGUUUGAAGGCCUGAUUCACACAGUGUCCUCUGAACAGUUGAUGUUGAGAUGUGUCUGUUACUUGACCUCUGUGAAGCAUUUAUUUGGGCUGCAAUUUCUGAGGCUGGUAACUCGAAUGAACUUAUCCUCUGCAGCAGCGGUAACUCUGGGUCUUCCAUUCCUGUGGUGGUCCUCAUGAGAGCUAGUUUCAUCAUCGCGCUUGAUUGUUUUUGCGACUGAAAUGUUCUGUGUUGACUGACCUUCAUGUCUUAAAGUAAUGAUGGACUGUCGUUUCUCUUUGCUUAUUUGAGCUGUUCUUGCCAUGAUAUGGACUUGGUCUUUUACCAAAUAGGGCUAUCUUCUGUAUACCCCCUUACCUUGUCACAACACAACUGAUUGGCUCAAACGGAUUAAGAAGGAAAUAAAUUCCAUAAAUUAACUUUGAAGAAGGCACACCUGUUAAUUGAAAUGCAUUCCAGGUGACUACCUCAUGAAGCUGGUUGAGAGAAUGCCAAGAGUGUGCAAAGCUGUCAUCAAGGCAAAGGGUGGCUAUUUGAAGAAUCUCAAAUAUAAAAUAUAUUUUGAUUUAUUUAACACUUCUUUGGUUACUACAUGUUUCCAUAUGUGUUAUUUCAUAGUGUUGAUGUCUUCACUAUUAUUCUACAAUGUAAAAAUUAGUAAAAAUAAAGAAAAACCCUUGAAUGAGUACGUGUGUCCAAACCUUUGACUGGUAGUGUAAAUCACGAAGCUCAUCUGCAUUUCUCAUCAGAUUAUUCCCAGCAACAAAAAAGUGAUCAAAUUAAGAUCCCACACCUGUACUAAUAGGAAUCAUUGCCAGGUUACCAGUUUGUUUCUGCUCUCUUGCUAACUCCUGGAAUUGUCUUGACGUUUGGUGUGACAAUGAGUGAAAAGGUCUGGGACAGAUCUGGGACCAGGCUAGGAUGAUUCCAUGAAUGUCUUUAAAACAUCUCCAAUGUUGUUGUUUUUAUGUUAUUAUGGGGUAGUCUUGCAUAUGGUAGUAACCUAAAGAUAUGUUAUUAUGGGGUAGUCUUGCAUAUGGUAGUAACCUAAAGAUAUGUUAUUAUGGGGUAGUCUUGCAUAUGGUAGUAACCUAAAGAUAUGUUAUUAUGGGGUAGUCUUGCAUAUGGUAGUAACCUAAAGAUAUGCUAUUAUGGGGUAGUCUUGCAUAUGGUAGUAACCUAAAGAUAUGUUAUAAUGGGGUAGUCUUGCAUAUGGUAGUAACCUAAAGAUAUGUUAUUAUGGGGUAGUCUUUCAUAAGUUAGUAACUUAUAGAUAUGUUAUUUUGGGGUAGUCUUGCAUAUGGUAGUAUGUUACAGAUAUGUUAUUAUGGGGUAGUCUUGCAUAUGGUAGUAUGUUACGGUUUUAGCACUGAGAUACAGUACUGCUGUUGUUGUUUCUUCAGCCACCCUGUUCCUGGAGUUCUGGAAGCGACACAGGGCCUCCUAUACAUGUGCAUGGAAGGUGUUCGACUGGUGUGAGGAGGAGGUAUGGUCCCGCGGAACACAUGCCCUGACGUUAGUCUUUGGUCAACUUUGUUUCCAAUCUUUUAAAGAAAAAAUAGGUAGAGCUAUCUGUACAUGUCCCGAACCGUCCCCGCAGAAUAUGGCUCUGUGAAACUAGUGGGAUUGUUUAUCGGCAAAGCCUCUCCCCCUUUUUGAGUGUUAUAAUCGCCAUAUGUGCCUCUGUCUGUAGGAGGAGCUGAUCCUGGAGAUAGUGAACGAUGCAGAAUGUGAGCCUAAACAGCACAAGCACUCCUACCUACGCAGCACCCUGGUCCUCAUCCUGGCCACUCUCGUAGUGAGUGCCUAUUUUACAAACAGCUUGUUUGAAACCAGUUUGAAAGAGACAUCUGGCCCACAACUUAUAGUCUAAAGAUGAAUCUGACUUCAAUUCUGACUUUCAAAUCGGAUUCUCAAGACAGCUCCAUAUAGGGACAGUUCUGAGCAGUAUUUCUUUAAAGAGAAUGUCUUUACAGAUGCUGCUGAUCAUCGGCCUGGCCCACGCUCUGGUGGUGUUCCGGGUGGUUGCCACGGUGAUGUUGGCUGAAGGAUCAUGGGAGUUCCUUAGUGACCACUCCAACACGGCCGCUGUGAUACUAGGAGCUGUGCUACACUACUUCACCAUCACCAUCAUGACAUGGGUACACACUGUGUGUUUGAGUGUGAGUGUGUGUGUGUGUGUGUGUGUGUGUGUGUGUACAGACUGAUCAGUUGAGUGUGGCCCAUGGCUAUUUCCCUGCCUGUAAUCCUGCUAGUAAUUUUACCCUUUACCCCUUUUACCCUUUUACCCUUUACCCUUUAACCUUUAACCUUUACCCUUUACCCUUUACCCUUUAACCCUUUAACCUUUACACUUUAACCUUUACCCUUUUACCCUUUACCCUUUACCCUUUAACCCUUUAACCCUUUACCCUUUACCCUUUACCCUUUAACCUUUACCCUUUAACCUUUACCCUUUUAACCUUUACCCUUUUACCCUUUACCCUUGACCUUUUACCCUUUUACCCUUUUACCCUUUCUCUGACUGUAUUCUUCUAUAUUUGCAGGUCAACAGGAUUGUGUCGCUGAAACUCUGUAAUAUAGGUUGGUGAAAUCUUACAUGAUUCAAAGUACUUUUCAGUCCCUCCAGGAUUUUGCAGGGAUUUUUCUGUGAUAUUUGCGAGCAAAAAUGAUUGAUUUGCUGCUGCAAUUCUGAUAUUUAGCAUGGCAAUAUGCAAGGAUUUUGUCCAAUUUGUUGAGAAAGUGUGUUGACGAGGGAAAAGGUUUGUUGACGUGUGGCUUGAUUGAACCAUAUUAUGCGGAAAUAGUUCAGUGCUUUGUCAAAGGAAUUGUUGGUUUUGCAAAACAUUUUGCGAUCCCAGAAUCGCAGAAUCCUGUAGGGACUUCCUUUUGAUAGUUACUUUGUAAACUUCCAUCUGGUGGUCAAGUUGUGAUUUACAGACUGCCAUCUGGUGGUCAAGUUGUGAUUUACAGACUGCCAUCUAGUGGUCAAGUUGUGAUUUACAGACUGCCAUCUGGUGGUCAAGUUGUGAUUUACAGACUGCCAUCUGGUGGUCAAAGUUGUGAUUUACAGACUGCCAUCUGGUGGCGUAGUUGUGGUUUACAAGUCUUCACGAAGUCUUUUGUCUUUCAGAGGAGAAUCAGUCAUUUGCUGCCACCGAGAGGAGCUUCACGGUCAAGAUGUUCACCUUCCAGUUCUUCACCCUCUUCUCCUCGCUCUUCUACAUUGCUUUCUUCCUGGGCAGGUGAGAUCUCCACGGCCCAUUCAUCUGGGAUUAGUGGCGCAGUGGUCUAAGGCACUGCAUCGCAGUGCUAACUGUGCCACUAGAGAUCCUGGUUCGAAUCCAGGCUCUGUCGCAGCCGGCCGCGACCGGGAGACUCAUGGGCGGCGCACAAUUCGUCCAGGGUAGGGGAGGGAAUGGCCGGCAGGGAUGUAGCUCAGUUGAUAGAGCAUGGCGUUUGCAACGCAAGGGUUGCGGGUUCGCUUCCCACGGGGGGCCAGUAUAAAAAAUAUAUAUAUGUAUUCACUAACUGUAAGUCGCUCUGGAUAAGAGCAUCUGCUAAAUGAUUAAAAUGGAUUAGAAGAGUGUUUGUGAAGUUAGAGUAGAGGAAGACACAGCAUGAGGAGGUUUGAGAACCAUUUGUUUGUGGAGCAGUGGGCUGGAGUUUCUUCCUUUUUUAUUGAUCAGAUUUAUCUCCAAGCAGCUGAAUAAACCAUAGGUGUGCAUAUAACACUUUUUCAAAUUAACUUAGAGUAGUGACACGUUUGUUGAAGUUGGAGUAGUGACAUGUUUGUCGCUCUUCUCAGGAUAAAUGGACACCCCGGUGGCUACGUGCGGAUAGCAGGGAAGUGGAGGCUGGAGGAGGUGAGGGAUCCUGAGGGAUCCAGGAACAUGUGUAACAAUUUGAUUAUCCUUCACAAAUAGUAGUUGAAAUGGGAGUGGAAGUUAAAGAGAAAAUAAUUCGAUAUUCACUGUUUACCUGACGCUAGCUAACUGCUGUAUGUUGUCCCCGUGUCGUCCCUGUUCAGUGCCACCCCAGUGGCUGCCUCACAGACCUUUUCAUCCAGAUGGCCAUCAUUAUGGUUCUGAAACAAACCAUCAGCAACAUCUUCGAGUUCGGAGGCCCGUAAGUCUACAUCGACACAAGUACAUUGCUAUAGUGUAUGUUGAUGAGGGAAAGUUGAUUAACAUCUCUUGUUGUUAUGAACAGAUUUGGGUUAGCGAUGUAUGAAACACGGGGGACAGGUGAUACAGAAAGUUAGUGCAAGGAGCCAAGGAUCUAAGGGCUGGCUCUGAGAGCAAUGUGUGGUCAUGGGUCGGCAUAGGUCCCACUAAACCAGACCAUGACCCAAUAUUGAAUGGUCUGUCCAUUUGAGAGCCCAGGUCCAUCAUUCAGCGCUGUUUCCUGUCUCUGUGUACAGCUGGUUCAACAGGUGGCUGAAGAGGAAGAGGACCAAGCUACAGAGGAAGUGUGCCCACUGUUACAAGAAGGAAGACCAACAGACCAAUCAGGGGCAAGAUCUGUGUGAGAACUGCAUGCUCCGUGAUUGGCUAAGAAACUACCGUCUCAAAGACGUGGACUCCUUCAGCCUCUUCAAUGAGUUCCUGGAGAUGGGUACGUCACAGAUGACCAGGGCAGGGUCAGGGUUCAGCCUAUUCAGAGGCUAUGUUCCAAUAUCCACACUAGUACAGUGAGGGAAUAAAGUAUUUUACCCCCUGCUGAUUUUGUACGUUUGCCCACUGACAAAGAAAUGAUCAGUCUAUAAUUUUAAUGGUAGGUUUAUUUGAACAGUGAGAGACAGAAUAACAACAACAAAAUCCAGAAAAACGCAUGUCAAAAAUGUUAUAAAUUGAUUUGCAUUUUAAUGAGGGAAAUAAGUAUUUCACCCCCUCUCAAUCAGAAAGACUUCUGGCUCCCAGGUGUCUUUUAUACAGGUAACGGGCUGAGAUUAGGAGCACACUCUUAAAGGGAGUGCUCCUAAUCUCAGCUUGUUACCUGUAUAAAAGACACCUGUCCACAGAAGCAAUCAAUCAAUCAGAUUCCAAACUCUCCACCAUGGCCAAGACCAAAGAGUUCUACAAGGAUGUCAGGGACAAGAUUGUAGACCUACACAAGGCUGGAAUGGGCUACAAGACCAUCGCCAAGCAGCUUGGUGAGAAGGUGACAACAGUUGGUGCGAUUAUUCGCAAAUGGAAGAAACACAAAAUAACUGUCAAUCUCCCUCAGCCUGGGGCUCCAUGCAAGAUCUCACCUCGUGGAGUUGCAAUGAUCAUGAGAACGGUGAGGAAUCAGCCCAGAACUACAUGGGAGGAUCUUGUCAGUGAUCUCAAGGCAGCUGGGACCAUAGUCACCAAGAAAACAAUUGGUAACACACUACGCCGGGAAGGACUGAAAUCCUGCAGCGCCCUCAAGGUCCACCUGGGUCCACCUGCUCAAGAAAUAACAUAUACAGGCCCGUCUGACAUUUGCCAAUGAAUAUCUGAAUGAUUCAGAGGAGAACUGGGUGAAAGUGUUGUGGUCAGAUGAGACCAAAAUGGAGCUCUUUGGCAUCAACUCAACUCGCCGUGUUUGGAGGAGGAGGAAUGCUGCUUAUGACACCAAGAACAUCAUCCCAACCGUCAAACAUGGAGGUGGAAACAUUAUACUUUGGGGGUGUAUUUCUGCUAAGGGGACAGGACAACUUCACCGCAUCAAAGGGACGAUGGACGGGGCCAUGUACCGUCAAAUCUUGGGUGAGAACCUCCUUCCCUCAGCCAGGGCAUUGAAAAUGGGUCGUGGAUGGGUAUUCCAGCAUUACAAUGACCCAAAACACACGGCCAAGGCAACAAAGGAGUGGCUCAAGAAGAAGCACAUUAAGGUCCUGGAGUGGCCUAGCCAGUCUCCAGACCUUAAUCCCAUAGAAAAUCUGUGGGGGGAGCUGAAGGUUCGAGUUGCCAAAUGUCAGCCUCGAAACCUUAAUGACUUGGAGAAGAUCUGCAAAGAGGAGUGGGACAAAAUCCCUCCUGAGAUGUGUGCAAACCUGGUGGCCAGCUACAAGAAACGUCUGACCUCUGUGAUUGCCAACAAGGGUUUUGCCACCAAGUACUAAGUCAUGUUUUGCAGAGGGGGUCAAAUACUUAUUUCCGUCAUUAAAAUGCAAAUCAAUGUAUAACAUUUUUGACAUGUGUUUUUCUGGAUUUUUUUGUUGUUAUUCUGUCUCUCACUGUUCAAAUAAACCUACCAUUAAAACUAUAGACUGAUCAUUUCUUUGUCAGUGGGCAAACGUACAAAAUCAGCAGGGGAUCAAAUACUUUUUUCCCUCACUGUAUAACAUAUAUAAUAAUAUGACAUUUAGCAGACGCUUUUACCCAGUCUUACAGUCAUGCAUGCAAACAUUUUUCGUAAUGGAUGGCCCCCGGGGAAUCGAAACCCACCAUCCUGGCGUUGCCAUGCUCUAUACCAAAUGAGCCACACAGGACCACUUUGAAUGCAUGUGUGGGAGAGUGGAAGUUCCACCCAAACCGGUCAACACGACCAUACUCAAGAAGCACCAUCAAUACCACCGACGCAGAAAAGCCAAGGCAUUUCACUGGAUCUGUGUUCCUCCUAGGUCUCAGGCAGUCAGUUAGGAUGCCUUCUGCUACACAUGCCCCAAAAACAGUGCUUCAUUGUAAGUGUUAUGCUAGUGCUGAAGUUGGAACAGAGGCCAGAUGCUUUGAGGGUACUGAAGUCAUUGAAGUCAUAGUUAGUUUGGGACUCAGUUUUUAUUGUUUUGUUCCCUCGCCAGUUCUCCAGUUCAGUUUCACCACCAUCUUUGUGGCUGCGUUCCCCCUGGCUCCCCUGCUGGCCUUCAUCAACAACGUCGUCGAGAUACGCCUCGACGCCAUCAAGAUGGUCAGUUUGGAGCGCAGGAUGGUACCCAAGAAGACCAACAACAUCGGUGAGAAACAGAACGUUUAUGAACGAGGUCUUCACAGUGUACAUCUGACAACCUGGUUAAAUAUGAACGAGGUCUUCACAGUGUACAUCUGACAACCUGGUUAAAUAUGAACGAGGUCUUCACAGUGUACAUCUGACAACCUGGUUAAAUAUGAACGAGGUCUUCACAGUGUACAUCUGACAACCUGGUUAAAUAUGAACGAGGUCUUCACAGUGUACAUCUGACAACCUGGUUAAAUAUGAACGAGGUCUUCACAGUGUACAUCUGACAACCUGGUUAAAUAUGAACGAGGUCUUCACAGUGUACAUCUGACAACCUGGUUAAAUAUGAACGAGGUCUUCACAGUGUACAUCUGACAACCUGGUUAAAUAUGAACGAGGUCUUCACAGUGUACAUCUGACAACCUGGUUAAAUAUGAACGAGGUCUUCACAGUGUACAUCUGACAACCUGGUUAAAUAUGAACGAGGUCUUCACAGUGUACAUCUGACAACCUGGUUAAAUAUGAACGAGGUCUUCACAGUGUACAUCUGACAACCUGGUUAAAUAUGAACGAGGUCUUCACAGUGUACAUCUGACAACCUGGUUAAAUAUGAACGAGGUCUUCACAGUGUACAUCUGACAACCUGGUUAAAUAUGAACGAGGUCUUCACAGUGUACAUCUGACAACAUGGUUAAAUAUGAACGAGGUCUUCACAGUGUACAUCUGACAACCUGGUUAAAUAUGAACGAGGUCUUCACAGUGUACAUCUGACAACCUGGUUAAAUAUGAACGAGGUCUUCACAGUGUACAUCUGACAACCUGGUUAAAUAUGAACGAGGUCUUCACAGUGUACAUCUGACAACCUGGUUAAAUAUGAACGAGGUCUUCACAGUGUACAUCUGGCAACCUGGUUAAAUAUGAACGAGGUCUUCACAGUGUACAUCUGACAACCUGGUGAUUUUUAUUAAUUUUUUAUGAGCAUGUUAUCAAUUUCCUUGUUAGCUUGGAAAUGGUAUAUUGUUGUGUAAUAUGGAAAUAUACGUUAUAUAAUACAUGGUAUAAUCUACUAUGCAAUGUAUGUGUUGUUUUCUGUUUCUUACCUUAGGUGUAUGGACAGAUGUGUUGGAGGCUAUCGGUGUGUUGGCAGUCAUAGCCAACGGCCUGGUUAUUGGCAUAUCUUCAGAUUUUAUCCCCCGCCUGGUAUACCGCUACCAUUAUGGACCCUGCGUCAAUGGAACAGUCACAGAUAUGGAGUAAGUCUGUCCAUUCUGACUAGACAGUUUCAGGGUUGGGGUCAAUUCCAUUUCAAUUCAGGAAGUAAACUGAAAUUCCCAAUUGACUGAAUUGGAAAUGGAAUUGACCCAAACCCUGGUGAGUAGAUCAUCCCCGUUACUACCACAUGCAUACUGUACAUGUAGCAUCAUCCAGUGAGUAACACUACAUGCUCUAACCUACUGAGCCAUCGGUGGUUCCUGUUAUGAAUGGGGAUGGGUUUGUGUCACUGGCUAUGUACGUCCCAAAUGGCACCCUAUUCCCUAUACAGUGCACUACGUUUGACCAGGGCCCAUAGCAAACUAUUCCCUAUACAGUGCACUACUUUUGACCAGGGCCCAUAGCAAACUAUUCCCUAUACAGUGCACUACUUUUGACCAGGGCCCAUAGCAAACUAUUCCCUAUACAGUGCACUACGUUUGACCAGGGCCCAUAGCAAACUAUUCCCUUUACAGUGCACUACUUUUGACCAGGGCCCAUAGCAAACUAUUCCCUAUAUAGUGCACUACGUUUGACCAGGGCCCAUAGCAAACUAUUCCCUAUAUAGUGCACUACGUUUGACCAGGGCCCAUAGCAAACUAUUCUAUAUACAGUGCACUACGUUUGACCUUGGCCCAUAGCAAACUAUUCCCUUUACAGUGCACUACUUUUGACCAGGGCCCAUAGCAAACUAUUCCCUAUAUAGUGCACUACGUUUGACCAGGGCCCAUAGCAAACUAUUCCCUAUACAGUGCACUACUUUUGACCAGGGCCCAUAGCAAACUAUUCCCUAUACAGUGCACUACUUUUGACCAGGGCCCAUAGCAAACUAUUCCCUAUACAGUGCACUACGUUUGACCAGGGCCCAUAGCAAACUAUUCCCUUUACAGUGCACUACUUUUGACCAGGGCCCAUAGCAAACUAUUCCCUAUAUAGUGCACUACGUUUGACCAGGGCCCAUAGCAAACUAUUCCCUAUACAGUGCACUACUUUAGACCAGGUCCCAUAGCAAACUCUUCCCUAUAUAGUGCACUACUUUUGACCAGGGGCCAUAGGGCCCCAUUUGGGACACACAUAUGUGUCACAGUCAGUGUUGACAGUUCUGUGAGUCCCUCAGGCUACAUGUCUGCUAAUAGUAACAGUAUAUAAAUUUCAGUAUGUUCUCUUUAUCCUAUAGUUGCAUGUCCGGCUACAUCAACAACACCCUGUCCAUAUUGCACAUGAACGACCAGAGAAUCUACAAGGAGUUCUCACCGGACCAGAUGGUGACGCCCGGCGGACAGAAUGUCUCCUACUGCAGGUUCAUACCCCUUACCAGCCCCUAAUCAUCCCGAAAUGAUGUCCAUGUUGUCCGUUUUAAACAUGGAUAUUCCAGAUGCAUAAGUAUUAUUUCUGAAAUUGAAUGAAACAAGGAAAGGUAUUCAACAUGGAAGCAAAAGUUGUUCCUUUAUACUAGGAAAUGAGUGAUAAUUUAUGAUGGAAUAACUUUUGUUUGCAUGUAUUUAAUACUUGUCCUUACUUCAUUCCAUUGAUCCCCUGGAAUAUCCUUCCAGGAUUCUCUGCUUAGUCGUUGAUUUGGGAUUUGAAUGUCUGUUUUCUCACUCUCUCACCAGUUAUAAAGAUUAUAGAAGUAAUGAAGACUACAGUUUCACUCCACAGUUCUGGCUCAUCUUAGCCAUGCGCUUCGCUUUUGUCAUCCUGUUUGAGGUAAGCUAGAAAUAUUUAGCUCAAAUAAUUUAUAGACCAUUUCUUGUCUUGACUCACAGUAAAAUUUAGCGAAGUAACUUUGCCAUUUACUUGAUAGUUGAUACGUUGACAUUUGAAAAUGGAUUAUUUCCAAUUGAAUAUUAUUAACUCAAUUGAAUAUUAUUAACUUAAUUGAAUAUGAUUAACUUAAUUGAAUAUGAUUAACUUAAUUGAAUAUUAUUAACUUAAUUGAAUAUUAUUAACUUAAUUGAAUAUUGUUAACUUAAUGUUGAUGUUUUUUCUUCCCUCCCUCUCCUCAUAAUCUCUGUGUACAGCAUGUGGUGGUCAUAUGUAAAUUCAUCACCGCCUGGUUUGUUCCCAGCGUUCCCUUGUAUGUCAAGAAUCUCAGGCUCUUUGAUAAACUCAACAGGUUGAAGGAAGAGCUCAGGUAGGGGGUUUUUCAAAGGGAGUGGAUAUUACUGGAAACUUUCAAAGUUUACCAAUAAACUACCAGAAUGAUGGUAUCUUUCAAAGGUUUUUUAUGUAAUCUAGCACAAGACAUCUAGUGGCCCUUUUGGGUACUUCAGAGUACCACAGGUGUCUGUAAUUAUCUCUGGCCCUCUGUGUGGCCUUAUCACGUGUAUAAUAUAUGAAACCAUUUUAUACGAUUUUUUUUUUUUUUUUAAACAAUAGAAUGACAAAGCUGUAAUGUUUUACAAUCCUAAAUACAAACCAUCAACUUAGUGAAUACCAUUGGUGUUUAAUAUGAGGGUUUCAGCAUGAAAUAUCACUUUUAUACACUUAUUUAUUUAACUAUGUCAGUAUGUAUUUGUUGCCAAUGCUUUGGCGUCAAACUGGUUGGGAAAAAAAUCAAAAGUUAGAAGAGUUUCAGAGUUAAUUGAAAAUAAUGGCAUUGUUGAUUCAUGCUUUUUUCAUUAAUUCGGCUAUUUUCUCUUGAACCAUAUGGGCUAUCUACUAGAAACUCAUAGACAUUAUGGGAACAGAUGUAAAAAAUGAAUACUAUAUAUUAAUACAUUUUGUAAAAGUUAUUUAAGUAUAAAUUACCAAAGUUAAGAUAGAUUGCCAUAUAUUUUCUGUUAAUUAGCAAAAUGACAGAAGAUUCCGGUAACUUUGGUAAAUUACCGGUAGCUCCGCAGCUUAAUUAGCAAAAUGACAGAAGAUUCCGGUAACUUUGGUAAAUUACCGGUAGCUCCGCAGCUUAAUUAGCAAAAUGACAGAAGAUUCCGGUAACUUUGGUAAAUUACCGGUAGCUCCGCAGCUUAAUUAGCAAAAUGACAGAAGAUUCCGGUAACUUUGGUAAAUUACCGGUAGUUCAGCAGCUUAAUUAGCAAAAUGACAGAAGAUUCCAGUAACAUUGGUAAAUUACCGGUAGUUCAGCAGCUUAAUUAGCAAAAUGACAGAAGAUUCCGGUAACUUUGGUAAAUUACCGGUAGUUCUGCAGCUUAAUUAGCAAAAUGACAGAAGAUUCCGGUAACUCUGCAGCCCUAAGCUCAGGUAAGCUGAUACUAUAGACAUGUCUGGUAACAAAAAAGAACCUGCAGGGUCAGUAAAUAGAUGUUUUAAUGUUUUUAGAGUUUUCAAUUGAAAUGAUACGUCUAUUAGUGCCUAUAUCGAGCAUUUUAAUACACUAUGCAUAGCUCAUAAGGCAUUAUAAAUGUGCUUUAAAUGCAUUCUGAAGAGGAUAUUCAUAGGAAGUCUUACCCUAUAUCCUUUUGUCAAAUUCAGCAUUUGCUAUUGCUAAAUGUCUAAUUCCCGUCUCAUAUUGUUCAAAAUGAAAGAAUGUGCUUGUGGUUCUUACAGGUCAUCGAAGGUAUGACAUCGUCACAGUGUUUGGAGCAGUCUAACACAGUAUCCACUCGGAUGUGACUGAUUACCAGCGCUAUGGAGGACAUGCGGAGAGAGAGAGAGAGAGAGGGAGUGCUUAUCGCCUGGGUUUUAUUGGUUUUGUAUUUGUUGUUUUGUGUCAGAUGAUGUCAGAAUGCUGGACAUAUGACUUCUGA